AAAGAUGGGAUUUCCUUGGCCAUUGGGGAAUGCAAUAUAUACCUUCACAUAAAGCCAGCUGCCUGCAGCGCUCCCAGUCUCCCCCCAUUCUCUCGGCUGUGCGCUCCACUCCACCUCCUUCUGCUCACAGGGUGUGAAAGCCAAACUCAGCCAAGAUGUCGGAGAAAAAGAUGUCCUCGAGUCGGAAGCAUCACCUGAAGAGUUUGAUGCUCUCCAUUGCUAAAGGUUUACUGGAGACAGAAGCAAAGGAUAAAGAAGAAGAGAGGAAAAGGUACAUGGAGGAGACAUGCCCACCCUUAUCUCUGCCAGGAGGUGUGCAGGCACUGCAGGAAUUAUGCAAAGAGCUUCAUCAUAAGAUUGACGUGAUUGAUGAGGAGCGGUACGAUCUGGAGAGCAAAGUCAGCAAAAGCACUAAAGAGAUUGAGGACCUGAAGAUUAAGGUUCAGGACCUGAAGGGCAAGUUCAAGAAGCCAGCUUUGAGGAAAGUGCGUCUCUCUGCUGAUCAGAUGCUUCAGGCUCUGCUGGGCUCUAAACACAAGGUGUCUCUGGAUCUGAGAGCCAACCUGAAACAAGUGAAGAAGGAGGUCAAGGAGGAGGACAAGGAACUGCGUGAUGUUGGUGACUGGCGUAAGAACAUUGAAGAUAAGUCUGGCAUGGACGGCAGGAAGAAGAUGUUUGAGUCUGAGGCUUAAUUUUUUUUAAAAUAAUGAUUCUACCAUAUUCUUCACUGCUUCUCUGGUUUUACUGUUUUGGCUGCUUGUCUUAAGUUUGCGCAUGGACAUCAAUCAUUGACAAGAAAUGUAGAAAGAAGGUACAAGCAAAAUUGUAAUUAAUGAUUUCCUGUACAAAAGGUUAGAACUGUAAACCUUAAACCUUUUUUCUGGUUGUAAAGGACUUCCCAUAACAUUUGUUCAGGUAAUGAUUUUUUUCCAAUGCGUGAAUAAAGGUU